CCGCCCCGGAAGGACGCGCCGGCCGGGCUGAAAAGGCAGUGGCAGCAGUAGUGUCCGCGGAGUCGUCGGAGGCGGGGUGCUGGCCAUGGGGAAGGAGCAGGAGCUGCUGGAGGCCUCCCGCACUGGGAACCUGCCCGCUGUGGAGAAGCUGCUGUCGGGCAAACGCCUCAGCUCGGGCUUCGGGGGCGGCUCAGGGUCCUCAGGGGGCGGCGGCUCCGGCGGAGGCGGAGGAGGAGGAGGCAGCGGAGGAGGCAGCAGCGGUCUCUCCAGCCUCCUCAGUAUAUGGAGAGGACCAAAUGUGAACUGUGUUGACAGCACUGGGUACACUCCACUGCAUCAUGCUGCUUUAAAUGGUCACAAGGAUGUUGUGGAGGUUCUGUUGAGGAAUGAUGCGUUAACCAAUGUGGCUGAUUGCAAAGGCUGCUAUCCUCUUCAUUUGGCAGCUUGGAAGGGGGAUGCUGAGAUAGUGAAGCUGCUAAUACAUCAGGGACCAUCCCAUACGAAAGUGAAUGAGCAGAAUAACGACAAUGAGACGGCGCUGCACUGUGCAGCUCAGUAUGGACAUACAGAAGUGGUGAAGGUUCUCCUGGAGGAGUUGACUGACCCUACAAUGCGCAAUAACAAGUUUGAGACUCCUCUCGAUUUGGCUGCACUCUAUGGCAGAUUGGAAGUAGUGAAGAUGCUGCUCAAUGCCCACCCCAAUCUAUUAAGCUGCAACACUAAGAAACAUACACCUUUACAUCUGGCAGCUAGAAAUGGUCAUAAAGCAGUAGUACAUGUUCUCCUGGAUGCAGGCAUGGAUAAUAAUUAUCAGACAGAAAAAGGCAGCGCUUUGCACGAAGCUGCUUUGUUUGGUAAAACAGAUGUGGUCCAGAUACUGUUAGCUGCAGGCAUUGAUGUGAAUAUAAAGGAUAACAGAGGUCUGACUGCUUUGGAAAUUGUGAGGGAGCUUCCAUCACAGAAAAGUCAACAAAUAGCAUCUUUGAUUGAAGACUGCACAACAGGGAGGAAAGCAGCUAAAGUUGAAGAAAAGACCAUGCCAGCAUUAGCUACUUCUACUGAAACUUCAGUUCAGUUACCCCAAGGAAACAUGGAAAAAGCAGUGACAGAAUUGAUAAUAGAUUUUGAUGGGAAGCCUGAGGAGUGUCCAUAUGAAGUCUUGUACAAUGCAACAUCUUGCCAUUCUUUGGACAGCCUGGCAAGUGGAAGAUCUUCAGACAGAGACUCAGUGAACAGGGAGGCGGAGAUGACCAGUGUUAGAGUGAGGCCUAGAGAACGCCCACCUCCCCCUGCUAAGCCUCCCCCCGAUGAAGAGGAAGAACAUGUAGAAAAGAAGCAGAGUAUAUCCUCUAAAGGCUUGGUCACCAAGAGAAAGAGCCGAGGAAGCACAGCUGAUGAAGAAGAGGAGCAUCCUUAUGAGCUGCUGCUAACAGCAGAAACUAAAAAACAUACUACAGCAGACAAAAAAACAAAAGGUGAAUUAUCAUCAGGUGCUGGCAGCGGUGUCCAGACACAGGCUUGGCCACGAAAAGGUCCAUCUUCCCAAGAUAGCCAGUGGCCACUCAGUUGCCAAGCUUCUUCUGAGUUUUCUUCUAGCCAUUCUGAGCAAUAUCAAAGCCCUGAACCUCAGUUGGUGGAGAUGCCAAAAGACGAAAGCCGGAGCAGCAGUAACCACAGCCAAGCAGAUACUCAGGACGUCCCAGUAUUGGAUCAAUUCUCAGGUCUGCUACAUGGUUCUUCUCCGGUGUGUGAAAUAAAUGAGGACCCUUUUAGACUUAUUUCUGCUGUGGGCAAAGGAAGUACAGAGCGGACUGCUAUGCAGCUGGAAGAUGUUGAGGCAUCUGAAUCAGCACAGACUAGCACGGCAGAACAAAAUAAAGUGGUCUAUUCAACCAUCCGUCAUAGCUGUGACAACAAGUUGGACCCUGAAACUUUAGCGCAUCCUCAUUUGCCACAGCACCCUGGUGGUGCUGAUGAAGGAGACAAGAGCAGUGUUGUGGGCAGAGCUCAUCCAGGAGGCAAGCCCAGAGCAGAACUCAAGCUUAGCCGUAGCUUGUCAAAAUCAGACUCUGACCUUUUGACCACUUCACCAACAGAAGACGACACUAUGGGGAGCAGAAGUGAAUCCCUUUCCAAUUGUAGUGCUGGGAAAAAAAGACUUGAAAAAUCACCUUCAUUUGCUUCAGAGUGGGAUGAGAUUGAGAAAAUCAUGAGCUCCAUUGGUGAAGGCAUUGACUUCUCUCAGGAGCAGCAAAGGAUGUCAGGUUCGCGGAUGCUGGAGCAGAGUGUUGGGGAGUGGCUGGAAUCCAUCGGUUUACAGCAGUAUGAGAGCAAACUGCUUCUCAAUGGCUUUGAUGAUGUCCGCUUCCUGGGCUGUAAUGUCAUGGAAGAUCAGGACCUUCGGGAGAUUGGGAUUAGUGACCCACAGCAUCGCAGAAAACUUCUACAGGCUGCACGUUCCCUGCCUAAGGUGAAAUCCUUGGGCUGUGAUGGAACUCAGCCUUCUGUUCCUGCCUGGCUGGACUCCUUGGGGCUACAGGACUACAUACAAUCAUUUCUAUCAAGUGGCUACAGCUCUAUAGACUCAGUGAAAAACCUCUGGGAAUUAGAACUAGUAAAUGUGCUUAAGGUAAAUCUUCUUGGGCAUCGCAAACGUAUAAUAGCCUCUCUGGCAGACAGACCAUAUGAGGAACCCCCACAGAAACCCCCACGGUUUUCUCAGCUAAGAUGCCAGGAUUUGAUAUCUCAAACAUCCUCACCCCUGAGCCAAAGUGACUCUUACACAGGGAGGUCAGCAGAUCUCCUGUUACCUUUGGGGGAUGCUGGAAAGAAGAGACAUGAGAGCAGUCAUGAUACUGCUUCUUACCCCAGAACAGAGAGACUCAAGGCACAGGAAGAACGCCGUGAAUCCAAACUUACGCUCAGACCCCCAAGUCUGGCUGCUCCUUAUGCUCCUGUCCAACAUUGGCAGCACCAACCAGAAAAACUUAUAUUUGAGUCUUGUGGGUAUGAAGCCAAUUAUUUAGGAUCCAUGUUAAUCAAAGAUCUUCGAGGGACAGAAUCAACACAGGAUGCCUGUGCAAAAAUGAGGAAAUCCACGGAACAUAUGAAGAAGAUCCCAACAAUAAUAUUAUCUAUCACUUACAAAGGAGUAAAGUUCAUAGAUGCAUCUAACAAGAACGUUAUUGCUGAACAUGAAAUCCGGAACAUUUCCUGUGCUGCCCAGGACCCAGAAGAUCUUUGUACAUUUGCCUAUAUCACCAAGGACUUGCAGACUAGCCACCACUACUGUCAUGUGUUCAGUACCAUUGAUGUGAAUCUAACAUAUGAAAUCAUUUUGACAUUGGGACAAGCAUUUGAAGUAGCCUACCAGCUGGCUCUCCAAGCUCAAAAAUCAAAACCUCCAGGUGCUUUGACAGCUGAAACGAUAGAAACAAAAUCUUCAAAACCAGUGCCUAAGCCUCGAGCCAGCAUGAGGAAAUCAGCAGUGCCGCUCCCUCCUGAUAAUCGCUGUUGUUACUGUCACACCUGUACUACACACCGUCCCUCCUAUCUGCCGCUGCAAUCUGUUAGUCAAGGAGCUAAGCUGGAGCCAUCUGAAGUGGACCAAGACUCACAGUCUCAUGCUAGUGUGUCUUGGGUAGUAGAGCCCAAGCAGGAUACCAAGAGGACCCUCAGCACUAAGUAUGAGACUACUAUCUUCUGAAAACAAAUCCUGCAUCCAUCCAGUCUAACUGUGCCUUUGCAGUCUGAUCUGUCUCCUGUUCUAAACCCCUCCUUGCUCCCAUUGCUGGCACUAAGUGUGGUACCAUGCAAGGCAACAACACUAGGAUACCAUAGACUAAACAUCUUUUUGUAUCUGAUUUUUACUGAACACUGUGAAUUCUCCUAAUGGGAACAAGGUUAACUCACUGAGAGAGCCACCUGUUUUAGAUGUCCAAGAGGUGGGAGAAACAAGUCUAUGGGAGUCAAGUAUGUGGAUUUGGGAAACCACCUGGUGUUUCUUGACUUUGUCUUCAUUUUGACACUGUGAAUUUGUGGGGUGAACCAACACUCCAUGGGCCUUUUCUAUUUAGUAUUCUUAUUCUUGGACUGUUCUACCAUUUUGGUCUCGUGUACAUUCUGUCGCAAUCUAGAUUAUACCUCCACACUGAGCCAUGGCCACAAACUGUUCCAACAAGUAGCACUCUUUUACCUAUAAUCUCAGAAGACGCUAACCACUGUGAUAAUACUUGCAAACCUCUUGCUCACCAUAUCCUAGCAUGGGAUCCUGCUCACAAUCUUUGCUGUCCCUGGAUAUUUGAAUGCAUGGUGUAAUGUAAGUCUUCUAAGCAAUAUGACUACUUCUAUUAAGCACUGUCUUUUUCUUAGGAGUCAGGCUUGGUAUAUGUUUUCAGCUAUCUGUUAUGUAUUUCUUGUCAUCUGCUUUAAUUUACUACUUGGCUUUUCUAUUCAAAAUAACCAAUCUGCUUGAAAAUAAUUUUGAAUCUCAUUUUCUGGACUCUGAUUAGAUUGUACCUUUUAAAGACACAUGUUGCUAAUUAUAAAUUAUGAGCCAAGACUGACAAUCAGGGCCUCAUACUGAGCCAGAAGUACAGAAAGAAAUGGGGUGGGGAAUUUUGCUGUAUUCAAAUACAGUUCCCCUAUAGAACCUCCUCAUAGUGAACUAUCAAAAUAUGUGCUAUUCAUCUACCUCCAAGCAGGCCAGUAGCCUUUUCUCUUUGGUCCCUCAUAUCUCUAAAACAGAAACUUUACUUAACUCCUUACUGAUUAUACAUAGAAAUUAAAUUUUUGAUCAUGAUCAGCAUUAGAUGCCAGGAUUAAGACCAAAGUCUUAUUCUCCAAACAGUUAGCUUGGAUAUUAUUACAGAGUGAAAACAAACAAUUUACUGGACAAAGACCUGAGGAAAAUUUCAUGCCUGUCUGUACUGAGAAAGAAAUCAUAGGGUCAGCUGUGAGACAGUUGUGGAUGAUGGUGAGUGAGGAAAAGCCUGAUGUUUGUCCACUGUCUCUAUAAUCAUUUUUAAGAGUGGCUUUCUAAACAAUUCCACUCCUAAGCACAGUUGUUUCAGGGAUAUUUCAUACUAUAUUUCAUUUUGUACAAGUACAUUAGACUCAGUUACUAGCAACAAAAUGUCUCAGCUUCUCAAGUAAUUCCUCUUCUCCAAGAAAGUUUUCAAAAUGGAGCUAUUGCAGUGAACCAAAACAUGAGGGCUCUUGGGACAGAAACUAAGACUGUAGAAAUAUACACCAUGUUAAGAGCAAGCAUAUACACACAUGAUUUCUUUUAUUGCUCCUAAAGAACUAGGCUGCUGGUCUUCAUUAUUUGGAUAAACAGGAUUAAUAAAAGAACUUGAGAGAUACUGCCAUAAUCAUUUGAGAGGUGGUUUCAAACAUCUUUGGGCUUGUGAUGCCCAGACUUUUAAGAAACUUAAAAGCAAAUUACUCUCCUCACCUGAAUAUUUAAAUCUUAUCAUCAGGUACCAUGCAACUCUUAAUAACGUAUGUAGGCAAUGUCAGUGCUCAGUUCUUCUGAAAAUCAGUAGUACAUGUGCCUUUUAAUGGUGUGCUAUCUAGCAAACAUCACAGCAGUUGGUUAUGAAUAGCCAUGUGGCUAUAGCAUACACAAAGCCAUAUCCCUAUCAACAUUUCCAUCACUGUAACCAUAAAGUUUCCUCAGUUGUUUUGUCUGAAUGAAAUCACUCCAUUCCUAUUUUUCUUUUAAUUAAUAUUGUCCCCCAUUCUGUUUGCCUUCUGCCAAGCUGAACUGCAGACAUCCACGUUGCACCAUGGAAAUAUAGUAAAGGGGCAGAUCCCUAAGAAGCAGUGGGACCCUGAUGGUACGAAGAUCAACACCCGGCUCUGGGAUGUGUCCUUGGCUGCUCAUUAAGGACUUCCAGAGUUGAGUGAAAAGGGAUUCCAGCCACAAGCUGACCAAAUUUUUUAAAUAUAUGUAUUUCUAGCAAGAGAAGUGAAACAUCUGAAGUUAAGAGACUUGAUGCCAUGUGCUAUAGAUUAAUGGGUAUUUUCAUACAGUGAUGUUGUAAAAUCCAUAGUUUCAGCAUAGCAUUGAAAGUUGAGAAUUCUAUCCACAAAAAGAAAACUCAAGAAUGCCUGUCUUACAGUAAAGGGUGAGAUGAUGCCCUCAUGUUAAACCAUUCACUUCAACAAGUUCCCUAAACUGCUGCAAUAUAAAUUUAUUUUGGAGGUACUGGCACCUAGAUGGAGAGCUGCAGUAAGCAUUAAGUGGGGGAGAGGGGAGGAUUAAAAUAACCAAUAUUUAACCCUGUGUAAUAGUUGAACAGAAACCUGAUACAAACCUGUUUUCAGUGCCGAUAAUUGUAUCACUGCAAUAUUUCUGUUCUGGUGAAAGGAUUUUCCCCCAGGCCUGUAUAUAUUGAUCACUGUAGCUCCUUUCAUUUCAUCCAUACACCAUAUUUUUUUUAAAAAAUGUGUUUGUGCCCUGAUGGUUUGACAUUUUUAAAGAAAUUUAUUCACAAUAAGCACUUUUUAUACUAGUUCAUAAUGUAAGUAUGCUUAGUAUAGCAAUUUCAGAAUACAGAAAAUGUGGAGAUAUUUUGGGCAUUAUGCUAUAUCACUUGGUUUCUUAUCCUACUCCACUCAUGAAUGACUGCUUCAAGCGGAAGCUGUGCUUAUAAUUAUGCUUCAUGUAUAGUAUCACAGUCUGAAACACUGGUUAUGCUUAUGGCUGUGAUGAAUGCAUCCUUCUGAACCCUAUCCAAGGAAAAGAAGAGGAAAUGCAAAUAGGUCUGCGGCAGAUGUGAUAGUUUGUGGUACCCUGCUACUGUGUUAAUGGCUUGUUUCAACUUUUCUUACUGCUGUAUCUUCAAGAUGUAAUUUAGUCUUAUUCCAGAUAGUGAAAAUUAAGGGCAAAACCCAGAUUGGUUCCAAAAGGCUUGGAUUUGGAAAUAAUUAUUGGAUGGAUUUUUUUUUUAAAAAAAAAUGACAUUCCUUUACAUGUAUAUAUGAGUGAUAUGCCAGCGUUCAUAUAAAUGUUGCUGCACUGGUAGAUCUUUUCUGAGAGAAUGUAAAAUGAAUAGUUUUGUUAUAAAGGAGGAAUUUUGGAACAUGGUGGCAGAUAUAGAUGGAAAAAUCUCCCAACAUGUUUCUUCUUGUAAUCAGGUGCUUCCUCUUUGAGUUUAGUAAUAUCUAAUGGCAUCUUCUCCUUAUACACUUUUACAGAAGACAAUCAAAGUCUUUCUGAACCUGACCUUUCUUAGGAAUUAGUUGUUAGAAUGUGCUACAAAAUCCCAUAAAGAGGCAAGACGAACACCGUAGAAGUUUGGAAACUUACCUCUUUAUGGGAUUUUGUAGCACACUGAAAAAAGUGCCCUAUAUUCCUGACACUAAAUGUGUUUUAAGGUCUCCUUUGAGAACACAAUUCCUAUUCUAGCACCAGCCUUUGCUGAAGUGGCAUCAUCUAUCAGCUGCUUUUGCCAAUGCUCCAUCUUUUCGCCUUCUGAAAAAGAAACCUUAUUUCUGUAGGCUUAUAUUUACCUUAAAUGGCGGCAGAAUGAGAACAUACUGUACAUAGUAAGUUGGAUGAAGGGUUACUUAUUUCUUGAAUGAGAAAUCACAUUACUAAACUCAAAGUCAUAUAAUAUUUUUCUCUGUAUGUGUUACAUACUACUGGCUCAUAGAAACUGGGUUUUAGACUUUCUUAGAUUAAGAGGAAAGUCUUAUUUGAAUUUAAGGUACAUUACAAUUCUGCCCAGCCCCCUUCCAGAAAAGAAAUUCUAGAGCAGCUUAGGUGGUGAGCUGUGCUGCUCUUGCAGACCAGAUACUGAAAGGUACCUCACCUUUUACAAUAAUUUCACUUGUGAAACUAAAAUAGUUUGGGUGAUACUUCACUCCUACAUUUGUCUCCUUUUGCAUGAUCAGUAUGAAUGUCUAUUAACAGGAUUUUCUUCUAUGCUUGUUCCUAAAUUGGGCAGGUAGAUUCUUGGUAGCAGGCAGUUUGGUUUACAGUGUAGACACUUUUUUGCUAAUUGUGAUGUAUGGCAAUGGGACUGAUUUGUAAUAAAAAUGUUAUUUGAUCUGGUCUUUGUAUUUUGAUACUUGAACUAUUUCCUUGUUAUAUCCUGUAUAUAAAAUUGUUAUCUGUCAUUUUUGUGGUACCAAACAUAACCAAUCUGUGCAACAACAUAGACUGACCUCACUACAACAAGGCGAGACUGUAAAUAUUCCUGGGCUUCCAGCAGUCGUUUUGUUGUUUGUUUUUCAUAAUUGUAUGACUUAGAACAGACUAAAUUAAUAAAAUUAGACAUCUCUGUA